AUGCCUUGCUCAUGCGGCAACUGGAGAAGAUGGAUUCGGCCUCUGGUCGUCGUGCUUUACAUUUUGUUGCUGCUAGUCGUUCUGCCUCUGUGCAUAUGGGACAUGCAAAAGUCAGGGGUCGGCACUCAUAAUAAAGCAUGGUUCAUCGCCGGGAUAUUUGUGUUCAUGACUAUGCCCAUAUCGUUAUGGGGCAUCCUCCAGCACCUGGUUCACUACACCCAGCCAGAGCUUCAGAAACCCAUCAUCCGGAUAUUAUGGAUGGUUCCGAUCUACAGCUUGGACAGUUGGAUCGCCUUAAAAUAUCCAAAGAUAGCGAUUUACGUGGACACGUGCAGAGAGUGCUACGAGGCCUACGUCAUCUACAACUUCAUGACCUUCCUGCUGAACUACCUGGAGAAUCAGUACCCCAGCUUGGUGUCCAUGCUGGAGUCCCAGGAGCAGCAGAGACAUCUGCCCCCUCUUUGCUGCUGCCCGCCCUGGCCCAUGGGAGAGGUUUUGCUGCUGAGAUGCAAACUGGGAGUGUUGCAGUACACAGUUGUUCGACCCGUCACAACAGUGAUCGCUUUGAUCUGUGAGCUUUGUGGAGUCUACGAUGAAGGCAAUUUCAGUUCAACAAAUGCAUGGACGUACCUGGUCAUCUUCAACAAUAUUUCACAGCUGUUUGCCAUGUACUGCCUGGUGCUGUUCUACAGAGCUCUGCGAGAAGAACUGAGUCCGAUCAAGCCGGUGGGCAAAUUCCUGUGCGUCAAAAUGGUGGUGUUCGUCUCGUUCUGGCAAGCGGCGUUCAUCGCGCUGCUGGUGAAAGUGGGCAUUAUCUCAGAGGCGCGUACGUGGGAGUGGGAGAGCGUGGAGGCCGUGGCCACGGGCUUGCAGGAUUUUAUCAUCUGUGUGGAGAUGUUCCUGGCAGCCAUCGCUCAUCACUUCAGCUUCACCUACAAGCCUUACAUCCAGGAGGCCGAGGAGGGUUCUUGCUUCGACUCUUUCAUGGCGAUGUGGGACGUGUCUGAUGUCAGAGCGGACAUCUCUGAACAAGUCCGCAAUGUUGGGAGGACGGUUUUGGGUCGGCCAAGGAAGUCGUACUUCGGUGAGGAUCCGGGUGACGGCGAGCGAUCUGGCCUGCUCUCUUCGGGCUCCCAGGACGCCAUUACGGAGGCGGCGUCCAACCCCGUUUCCCCCAAUGGUCAGUACCAGGGCCUGGGCAGGACCCUCACACCGCACUCUGCGUCGGCGCCGGCCGGGCUCAGCUCGGCGCCGUGGGAUGAGGGACCCGAGGCUGGACUGGAGGAAACCCCGGAGGAGGGAAGGAGCAGCCCCGGCGAAGAACCGACGGAAGCAGACCUCAUCGUGAUCACCUAGCGGGUUUCCUUCAGACAUCACAGGACCAGACGGGCCUCUGACAGCUCCAAGAAUGUUCAGUGAAGUUAUGGCACUCAACAACUGAAAGAGAAUGUGCGUUUUCUGCCGAUUUUGUGCCGCUAGCGAGCGACGUGGCUCGGGGGGGCUGUGAAGGAUGGUUUUUAAUUCAUCAUAGCUGGGAAAGAUUUAACGACCCCAAAAAGCACACUCAUUGUGUUCCUUGAUGAGACGUGUGUGUGUGUGUUUUCCAAAAAGGAAAUGUCAUGAUCUCAGAUGUGACAGUUGAAUGAAAGCCAAAUAUGCAACUUUUCUUCACCAUAUCUUGAUGGUAAAGUGGUUUCAAAAGAACAAUUGAAAUGAGCCAUCGUAAAUACAAGUUACGAUAUGAAAGCACAUUAAAUAUCCAGAAUAAUCUUUUCUUUUUUUUUUGACUCUGGCGGGAUGAAGAGAUGAAUUUAGGAAUGAAAAGUUUAAAUUAAACUGUUUAAUUUGUAUGUUUUAAAGGUAAGCCUGCUGAAUGAUGCGUCUGAGCAGUGUGAUCAAUAUUGAUACGAUGUAUUUACUGCAAGUACAGUCCAACCAUUUAAAUACCGUUAUAAACGACACAUUAAUAGAUGUCUAAUAACUCUUUAUUUAAGCUUUUACUCGCUUUAUCAGCCGUGGAACUAAUCUUUCCACUACAUCCAUUUAGCAUUUUAUACCACAAUCAGCAAUAUUUUGCUGAUGUUCUCCAUCACUUUUAUUUUGAAGUUACUGCAACUUUCCUCCCUAGCUUUGUUUUUAUUGUGAUUUACAUGGAUUCGUGCAGGUUUGUCAUUUUUAUGUAAAGGAACAUCAGUCUCUGUUAAAGAAUCAAAAGCAUAAUCUUUAUUGUCUAACUUGAGAAUGCCUUAUGUGCUUUUAUUCUUUUAAUAAAAUUGAUGGUAUUACAUUAGAUGAUGUAAAUGGUUCUACAUAUUUUAAUUCCAUCUCAAAGGCCUCAUUAAAUCUGAUUAACUACA